CGGCACCACGUCUCGGCCGAGGGCACGCCGCCGCUUCGUCCGCCGACGGCAGCGGCGCUCCGAGCUCUCCGUCCCUCCACUACGACUACGAUCCUUUGGCCGACCUCCUUGGACCAGACGUCGACCCGACCUCAUCCCAAAGAUCUUUCAAUGCCGGCGUCAUCUUGGUGACUUGGCUAAUUUGGAAAGAGCACAAUGAGUCUUUGAGGGGCGUGCAGUCUCUCCGGUGAAUCUUUGUGCGUCAAUUGAAGAUGAGUGGAAAUCGUGGCUGGAAGCGGGCUUGCCGUAGUGUAAAUAGAGGGUUUCUUUCUGGGUUGCUGUUGUAGCACGCCUUUUCUCUUGGCGUGCCAUGAAAUCUGUAACUUCUUUCUUCCUUCUUAAUAUACUCCAGUCGGUCUUUGCCAACCCGGUGAAAAAAAAAAGGAUUUCUAACUUGCCAGACACAGGGAAUUUGGUGAAGGAAAAUCAUGUCCAUGGCAAAUGGCAUUCUUUCAACAGAGCUGAGCAUCGUGUAUUACGUGCCAUCAAAGCUUUGAGAACUGAGGGAAGACUUCAACGGUUCCCUGUUAGUGCGUGUUGAAAAGGGUAGUCUUUUGGUGCAGGAAUACUGCUCCAGUUGCAGAGAAGGGGAAGCUGAGGUCCUGGGUUGGUCCAAAUGGGCAAUACUAUCGUGAGCUGCCUUGCCCUAGCUGUCGAGGUAGAGGAUACACUCCUUGCAAACAGUGUGGGAUAGACAGAUCCAGUUUGGACUGCCCUAUGUGCAAUGGCAAGGGCAUUAGGGAGUGUGUGCAAUGUGCUGGAGAGUGUGUUAUAUGGCAAGAAUCUAUUGAUGAGCAACCAUGGGAGAAAGUUCGUUCCAGUUCUCCCUUGAAAGUAAAAGAGGAUGAUGAAGUCGACAAACUGGAGAUAAAGAUUAACACAUCAAAAAGAUCAAGGCGUACUUACCCAUCUCCAUCCCCUGAAGUUGCCCUGAAGAUUAGCAGAUCUUUAAGAAGUCUGAAUGCUAAAACAGGACUGUUUACUAAGCAUAUGAAGAUUAUACACCAAGACCCCAAAUUGCAUGCACAAAGGGUUGCUGCAAUCAAAAAAACAAAAGGUACUGCUGCUGCAAGAAAGCAUGCAUCUGAAACUCAAAAGGCAUUCUUCAGCAAUCCCGAGAAUCGGCUUAAGAGAAGCAUUGCCAUGAAAGGGGUGAAAUUCUUCUGCAGCAAAUGUGGGCAAGAAGGUCAUAGGAGCUUCUAUUGCCCAACAGUGAGAGAAAUUUCAGGCAGAGCGCAUUUCAGAUGCCGAUUAUGUGGGGGAAAGGGUCAUAAUAGCCGAACAUGUGGAAAGCCAAAGUCAGAGAAUGAGUGUCAACGACAACCUCGGCACUGCAGCCAAUGUGGUGAAAGGGGGCACAACCGUCGUAACUGUCCCAGAUCCACCACCGUUGAGGUUGAGGUUGGUGCUUCUGGCUAUAUAGUUAAACAAGAUAAUGUUCAUAGUUCAGGUAUUUAUUCAUGUAGUUUCUGCUCGGCAAAGGGGCACAAUAGGCGUACAUGCCCGAAAAGAAAGGCUAGCAUAGGGCAGCAGAAAGAUUGAAAUAUACAUGUUAAUCCACAUAGCAAUCUUAUGGUGUUUGCUGAAAAGUUUGUGAUGGUCGCUUUCAUUUCCUUAUAUAAUACACGUUGGUGCACGGGACCAAGUUGGUUUCUGUUCGCAUUGUAUAUUUUCACCACUACUUUUGCAUUGUAUACUUGCAUUUC